AGUUGUUUUGGCUGGUUGUGAACCCAAACAAACCCAAACCCUCCUCCUCUCCUUCUUCUCACCCCUUUCUUCUCUCUCUUACUCUGCAACUCUUCUUGUACAAACGAACACUCUUAUUUAUCUCUAUCGAUCAUUCUCUCUCUCUCUCUCUCUCUCUACUUGCUCCUUCUUGAGAUGGCUGACCGAAAGUUCGAUCUACCGGACGUUAUCCUUCCCUCGAAUUCUAAACCGCCCGACCAGUCCUGGACUUCCAAAGUUGAAACUUCUGGAGAAAAUGGUGAGGAAAAGGUGCAUAGUGGGUUACUUGAUGAGUCCAAAGAUUUACUGGUUUCAGAAAGCAGCAUACCUUUGUCUCCCCAGUGGCUUUAUGCCAAACCAACUGACUCGAAGAUGGAAUUACGUCCUUCAAGUUCACUAGGAAACUCCACAGAAAGCAACCAGAAGGAUGGUUGGCGUUUGGAAGGGUUGGAGGACAAAAAGGACCGAAGGCGGGUUAACACUGAUGGUGAAAGUAGUCGCCGCUGGCGUGAAGAGGAAAGAGAAACUAGCUUACUUGGCGGUAGAAGAGAGCGCAGGAAAGUGGAGCGCCGAGACAACACUUCAAUGAGAGAAACUAUUGACAAUAGAGCAUUGCCUACUUCUGAGCGAUGGAGUGAUGGUCGUAACUCUGCACAUGAAACCAGACGCGACAACAAAUGGUCGUCUAGGUGGGGUCCUGAAGACAAAGAUAAGGAACCUCGAAAUGAGAAGAGAACGGAUGUGGAGAAGGAAGAUACUCACAGUGAAAGCCAGACUACUGUAGGUAGCAACCGUCCCACUUCUGAGCGUGACUCAGACUCUCGUGAUAAAUGGAGGCCACGCCAUAGAAUGGAAGUUCACCCCAGUGGUUCAGCUACAUAUCGUGCUGCACCUGGAUUUGGACUUGAAAGAGGAAAGGUGGAGGUUUCAAAUUUAGGAUUUGCCCGGGGACGAGGAAGGUCCAAUGUUAGUGGGAGAUCAUCUUGUUCUGACAGAACUGAAAGUGUUCCUGGAAAGCCAAGGUACUCAGCUGAUAGGUUUUGCUAUCCAAGGGGGAAACUUCUUGACCUAUAUCGUCAGAAUCAGCUUGAUCCAUCUUUUGUUACGAUGCCAAAUGAGAUGGUGGACUCACCUCCUAUAACAGAAGUAGGCUUCAUUGAACCAUUGGCUUUUGUUGCCCCUGAUGCUGCAGAGGAGGCCACCCUUAGCAAUAUAUGGAAGGGAAAGAUCACGAGUAGUGGUGUGGUGUAUAAUUCAUCUAAAAAUGGGAGAUCAACUGAAAAUAUGACAGGUGUUGGAGACCUUGAAUCAGUAGAUGAAGCUGUGGAAAUUCUGCCCUCAACCCUUGUUGAGGAGACUAAUAAUACGAUGCAAGAGUUUGCAAAUGGUGAUAAUACUUUGGUAGAAGAAAGUACUGGUACUUCUCUUUCUAAUGAUGUUUGGAUGAUAUUUAUUUCAGAAAGUACUGGUAUCGGAAGUGACGUAGAUAUUGGUGGUGCAUGCCUUAGUGUAUUUCAGCAUGAUGUCAAUACAAAUAGACAGAAGUUAGAUUCUUCUUUUACCAGUCAUUCUUGUGCCGACAACAUUGGUUCUUUUGAUUCUGACGUUAGUUCCAAGCUGCCAAAAAAUCAAGGUUCUCACUAUAUUUUUCCUUUUACCGAGGACAAUCAGAAUGGGGACACCUCCAUUGAUUUGAACGGGUUGGAAAAGGAUGUCUUACCUGAAGAUUUAUGCUUGUGUUACCUUGAUCCUCAAGGAAUGACCCAGGGACCAUAUCUAGGGGUUGAUAUCAUCUCAUGGUUUGAGCAAGGUUUUUUUGGAACAGACUUGCCAGUCCGCCUGGCAGAUGCUCCUGCAGGAACGCCUUUUCGAGAUUUGGGUGAGGUCAUGCCACAUCUGAAAGCAUGGGAUGGCCAAGGGUAUAAUAUUAAUCAAAACGUGGACCUAGAAGAAUCUGGAGCUUUUGGAGUAGUUUUGGGGACUAAUUUACCUUCUGCUCCUGCUUUUGGAAAUGCCGAUUUAUCUAUUGGAAACGAACCCAGCCCAUCCUUACCUGAGUUCAACAACCUCCCAGAUGAGCUUGUUCGGUUAAGAAUAUCCGAGGAUGAAAAUCCCCAACAGCCACAUUUCAAGGAUCAAAGCUUUCAUGGUUUUGAUGGACAAGAUGAAGAAAUUAUUUUUCCAGGAAGACCAAUGAACACUGGCUAUCCUAUUGCAAAGGCUUCUGUGAACCCUCCUGAUCCUUUGGCAAGUUCUGGUAGCCACAUUCGCCCCUUGCCUGAAUUUACAGAACCUGGAUUGCGAAAUCAAACUGAAACUAAGUUGCAUCCUUUUGGCUUGCUGUGGUCGGAGCUGGAAGGUGCUCAAACAAACUAUGCACAGUCAUCUAGUGUGUCUUCUAGCAUGGGCAGGACUGCUUCUUUUGGUGGUAUGGCCGAUCCAGCUCUUGUUGCUGACUCUUGGUCUGAUGAUUACAGGAAAAACCAACUUUCCGAUCCCAACCUGUAUCAAAAUAUGAUCACUGCUCACAAUUUAUCACGUAUAGAACAUGAACCCAGCCAUGUUGAUUUAGCCGAUCAGCUGAUGUCACAACAGUUGCUGCAACAGAAUCUCCAGCAGAGAAAUAUGUUGUCUAAUUUUGCACAAUUAAAUGAGUCAGUUUUAGAGCAUUUGCCAAAUCAAAGUCUUAUUCAUCCCCAACAAUUGGCUAACCUCUCUGCACCAGAACUAGAACAUCUUAUGAAGACACUUCAGCUGCAACAGCAUCGACAGCUUCAGCUCCAGCAGCAGCAGCAGCAUUAUCAAAUGCAGCAACAGCAAUUUCAUCAUAAGCAAAAGCUUUUGCAGGAACAACAGCAAUCUCAUGCACGACAACUGUCUCUUGAACAGUUGAUGCAUAGUCAAAUGCAUGAACCUGCUUUUGUACAACCACAUCUUGAUCCUGUGAGGGCCAAUAAUGUUCUAGAUCAAGUAUUUUUAGAGCAGCACCUUUUAAAUCAUCUGCAACAACAGUCUCACCACACACCUAGGAAUGCAGAUCCAUCUCUAGAGCUUCUCAUUCAAGCAAAGAUUGGUCAAACCCCACAGCAAGAACAUCCAAGAGAUUUAUAUGAUGCAAUGUCCCGUGCACAGCAUGGACAGCAACAAUCUUUGGAACAACAGAUGCUUCAGCAGGAGCUGUUGCAAGCAAGGCAGAUGUCGACGGGAUUGAGGCAGCGAACAAGUAUGGAAGAACAGAGGCAUGUCAAUUCAGUUUGGCCAGCCAAUGAGUCUAAUCAGUUCUUCAGGGCCCAUGGUGGUAGUCACCGAGCUCACUCUUCUGGAUUUAGUCCUUUAGAUGUUUAUCAGCAGCAACAGAGGUCAUCUCAUGGAGAGCAGGUGAGCCAUCUUGAGCGGAAUCAUUUUGUUCAGGAGCGGCUUCAGCAAGGGAUUUAUGAGCCUGGCUCACUGCCAUUUGAGCUGUCAAUGUCUUGUCCUCAGGGUGCUUCAGGGAUGAAUUUGGAUGCUGUAAAUGCCAUGGCUCGUGCUCAUGGUUUGGAUAUGCAUGAGUCAAGUGCACGAAUGAAAAUUUCCAGUCAAGUGGGACCAUUUCCUUCCGGAGUUCAUAGUGUUGGUCCUCAGCACCCUUCAAUUACUAAUCAAUUUCAGGUUCCAUGUGUGGAUGGAAUUGAGAACCGUUGGUCUGAGAAGAAUGAGCAGCUAGAAAAUUACUUUGUUGAUUCUUGGUUUCAACAGUCGCAUAUCACUGCAGAGCGACAGAAAAGGGAAUCACAGGCAAAAAUGAUUUCUGAGGAUUCUAAUUUAUGGUUAUCAGAUGAUGAGAAGUCAAAGAGAUUGUUGGAGUUGCUCAAUCAGAAAUCAGGCAAUUAUGUUUCUGAAUCGUUGGAUAUGGGUAAUAAAACAACCUUUGAGAAAAAGGUAUUAGGCAACCAUUAUGCUAGGUCAGGCUCAUCUGAACUACCUUUUACUUUGCCUCCAGAUCGAGAAGCUAAUUUAAAUAAUUCAUUUGGGGUGGGCAUUUAUGGUUCAAGUCGAAGUGAACCAGCACAAGAAGUGAACACUGAUUCUGGAGUAUCCUCUCUGCACAAACAGCAGCUGGAGCUGCGAGGGUUGAAAAGUGAGGGUAUGAUGAAAGGUCGGGAAUUUGAGAUGCCACAAAGCAUGGUGGAGCAAGCAGGCUUGGAAGCUCUAGAUCACGAGAGAUCAAUGAAUGCCUUGAGCAGGCAUUCUUCCCUUGGGGUUACCGGUGGGAGUGCAGGCAUUUACGAUAACAAGUGUGAUCAUUCUCAUUCCUAUUUGGACGAUGUUGCAAAAGAUAGGGCAUUCUUGCUCAAAGGGCAAGAAAGUAUUCUAUUGAGACGACCACCUGUGCCACGUACGCCCUCAUCGCAGGAUGGUUUGUCUGAGCUAGCACCUGAUCCAGUUUCUAGGGGGAAAAUUUCUUCAAGUGGCAUGCCUGAUGGGGUUUGUCAAGAUACAUCGAGUAAUUCAAUAAACCAAGUUUCAGACUUACCAGCCUCUUCCAAGAGGGACAUGCGCUUCCGCCGAUCUUCAUCUGGCAGUGAAGCAGAUGUCUCAGAAGCAUCCUUCAUGGACAUGCUAAAGAGUACUGCAAAGAAGGUGGCUCCACCAGAUGCCCAUUCUACAUCUGAAUCAUCAGAUGGAACACAAGGGCGAAGCGGGAAAAAGAAGGGAAAAAAGGGGAGGCAAAUCGACCCUGCUCUCCUCGGCUUCAAAGUCACCAGCAACCGUAUCAUGAUGGGUGAAAUACAACGAGCAGAUGAUUAGAAGUUUAGCACCAACCCCCAUUUUUGUGUUUUUUCCUUUGUAUUAUUUUUUUUCUUUAAGGUUUACGGGUUUUCAGUGUAAAUUAUUUUCUUCUGAAAAUUCUUUAAUUUUUUUUCUUCUCUUCUUCCCCUUUUGCCAUCUUAGUAAAAUGGUGAGAAAAGGAGGGGAUGAAUGGCAAAAUUGCCUGUUUUUUCAAAUACGAGUGUGCAGCAACGGUACAUAGUUUUGUAUAGGCACAGACUAACAAGGUUAAUAAUGAAAGUAGUUAGUCAAUAGA